ACAGAUUAGUAGAAUCUGGUGGCUUUGAUGGAAUAAUGUCUCAAUCGCCGAGGCUCUGCAUCGAGUUGCUUUGAGCUAAAAUGCAACCUACUGCGCCGGCCGAUUCCCCAGCUUGCUGCCAUGCCAAGCCUUCCAACGACCCUCGCUUGCGCUGAACAACCAACCCCACCUGACUGGAUUUGAGCUUUUGUAACUGAACACAAGGAUCGUUUUCAUGUUUGCGUUAACGAGUCAGCUCCCCCCGCCUCCCUCCAGUCAACGACUCACAAAGUCGACAAUGAAUGCCGGCAACUUAGACAGCUUGCCUCUUGAAACGCUGCAGAGAGUGGCCGAGUUUCUUGACGCGACGCACCGCCCGAGCUUGGGAUCUUUUGGUCUGGCCAAUCGGGCUUGUCGACAAGCCGCCGCCACCUUUCUCUGGCGGGCGAUCCAUAUAACUUUUGACUACGACCCGGAAGCCUUGCAUCGUCGGGUGGAGGCGCUGUUCAAGGCCAUUUCCACUUUGGGCGUCGGCUGCCAUAUCCGUCACGUCCACGUUCAAGGCAUCCUCCUAGAGGCGGGAGCCGAGAACAAGGGUGCAGAUGCCGAGUGGCUCAAGGAUCAGCAUAAUCGGCGUGAGGACCUCUUCCGGCGAACGGGCAUCCCCGAGAUUCUAGGCGACACUGAGCCUUGCACCUACAGUGCACAAGGGAAAUGCACGCCUAUGAGCGUCUCGGACGAUGAGGACGCGGCGUGGGCGCCACUGGCUGGGCUGAUCAAAAAUAUUCCUCACGUCACAAAGCUCUUGUACGACUGCUACAACCAGUUCCCUCCCUGUCUUUUGCAAGCUACCCACCAGCAUCAUCCAACCUGUGAGCUUCAUCUCCUCAAAUUCGGGCUCCGCAGUCCCGAGACGCCCGACCAGCACGAGUUGGCUUUGGUGACGUCUCCCUGCCUGCACAGCAUCACAUUGCGAUGCUCUGAAAAAUGGCCCAGCCUAGAAUACCAUCUCAACAGACGAGCCGUGAUGCAGCUCGCCGCAGGUCUGGCUCCCAACCUCAAAGAGCUGCGCGUAAUCGGCGUCACAUCGCCCACUCCCAACGGCGGACCGGCACGGGACCUGGACCUCGAACCAUGGCGUGGAAUCCGAGGCGUCGACACAAAAACCAUGGAAAAGGCAUCUUUGCAUUGCUGGUCCCAGACGGGCACGCACCCUCUCGACGCCGACUUCCUGCAGACCUGGAGCCGCUGCAUCGACUUUUCCUGCCUGCGCCGCCUCGACCUCGGAGCAGGCCACGACGCCCGCUGGGGCGUGACGGCCGACGCCCUGCGCUGCAUGGCGCUGGAUCGCCCGUUCGCGCGGCUCAAGACACUACGUAUCCGCCUGGCGCGGGGCCCGGACGAGCACCACGUCGACGACGUGGAGUUCGAUGGUCGCGCCGCCGACUUUAUCGAGUCGCUCGAACCACUAGACGAGGCAUUCGUGUCUGGUCUCGUGCGGGCCGGUACCCUCGCCGCCAUCUGCAGACGGCACGGGCCCACGCUCACCAGCCUCGGAUUCCACCCGCUCCACCGGCCCGGCUACGACGAGGACACGGCUGCCCGCGUCCGGGCCAACCUCGCCCGCGGCAUCGACUACAUCCCCAUGACGCUGGAGCCCGCGCACGUGCGGCAGAUCAACACCAGCUGCCCGCUGCUGGAGCAUCUCGAGGUGCCCGUGCGACGGCUGCACCCGCGCGAGGCCGAGGUUUUCCAAAGCGUCGGCGAGCUCCCGCGGCUGCGCACGGCCCUGCUGACCCUCGACUGCAGCAGCCCCGAGGUGCACGAAUAUUACCGGGAGCGCGAUGGCCCGCCUGCGGAUUACGACGAGUGGGACCGCUGCAUGACCAAUUGGGGCCCGGUGACCAACGGCGACCUGCGACUCGCGUUUGAAAAGUCGGCCGUCGACGAGGCGCUUGCCCUGUCCAUUUGGUCCGCGGUCUGUCCCCCCGGCCGGGAAGACGGCCUGCGCUCGCUCAAACUGCACACGACGGGUGGCGGGGUUUUUGGCAGCGGCGGCACCAUGGGCCAUAUCGAGGAGGUGGUUGGGAACCUCGGCCGAUCGUGGCUCAUCGAGGCGAGUCCGAGGGACUACAAGGGCCACAGGGCGGUCGUGGUAAAGGAGCUUGGUUCGGAGGCGAGGAAAACAAGGGAUGCUGACUACCGUCUCGAGGACGAGGCGAGUUUGCCGCCGCAUUCUGCCGUGCACAUCCUGAGGCGGAUUUGGCCUCGCACCACGGAUGUCAAGGGGGCAUCAGACUGGCGUCGUGACUGGAAAGGUUUACCACUGCACAUAGAUUCCGUUAUUGUCCGUGCGAAAUAGGUUGUUGAUGCCUUUUUUUCGCUGGGUGCUUGGGUCAUGUCGAUAUCGUCAUCUCAUGGGCGGAGGUUGGUCUUGGACCUCCAUACCGCCACUGGGAUGUCGCCUUCUUCACCCAUUUCAUCGCGCGAAUAAAACAAUUGUUGCUGUUUGUCCCUGAUCGUGGACUUUGACUUGUUCCAGCGCCUGUGACGUCUGGCUCCUUCUGGGGUACUUGUUAACGUCUUGCGUUCGGAUAAUCGUGCGAUGGCUAAAAGAAACCUUUAGUUCAUCCAAGUUCAUUCUCCGGCUCCUUUAUUUGGUUACACCGAGGAACUUGCUUGGGCUGUUU